CGUUCACCCAGCUGCUAUGACUAUGAGCAGGGCUGCAGGCAGCAGCAGGUGGCAGGUGCCAGGAAGGAAGUUCACUAGAACUUAGAAGGCUGGUCAAAGUUGUCACAGCUAGGAACCGACGGAAAGUUAAGUUGGAGGGGGCGCCCCUAGCAGUGGGGCUCAGCGGGGGAGUCCUGUGCUGGUGCACGCCUAUAUGAUUCUCUUGUGCUGCUUCGAGGCUGGUGUCAGCAGCUUGUAGCUUUUCGAAUGCUUUGAAGUGAAAUUGGUAAUUCUGAGUUCGAGGAGCACCUUCCUUGGAGUCGGGGUCUAGGAAGAUCUGGACAAUUUCGAGAGCGACUCUUUCCAUUUCGACCAAGCCUUUCCCUCUUAUGAUUGAUAGAGCAUGAGACCUGCUUUUUGGAGUUGUGCAAAAUCGGAGCUUCAUUGAAAGCAUUUUCUGAGCAAGGUGGAAAGCGCACGUCCCGUCUCAGCAGGUUUUGCUGGCAAUGGCAUCUGAAAUAGAGAUUGUCCAGGAUUCUGGCAACAGCGCAACCUCAAGCCUGGCACAAGUGCAGGGAAGCCCUGCGAACGGGACCGAUGAUUCUAUCAAGGAGGAUGUUUACUCGGCAUCUGCUUAUGGUGACCUCGACAAGCUGAAGCGCUUGGUAGAGCGGGAGGGCCACUCCAUUUUGAUUCCCGACAAAGGGGGAUUCUUUGCGCUGCAAUGGGCCGCGCUCAACAACCGAGGACCGGCUGCUCAAUUCCUGCUGGAACAUGGGGCUGAUGUGAACGCUAGGGAUCACACGGGACAGACUGCACUACACUGGACGGCAGUUAGAGGUUCCAUUCAAGUUGCAGAGCAGUUGCUGCAGCAUGGGGCAGAUGUGGAGCUGACAGACAGUCACGGUUAUAGGACUGUGCACGUUGCGGCCCAGUAUGGUCACACGGCACUGCUGUACCAUGUUGCCACCAAAUGGUCUGCCGAGAUUGACGCCCUGGACAAGGACGGGCGCAGCGCGCUUCACUGGGCCGCCUACAAGGGCUUUGUGGACCCUAUUCGAUUGCUCCUCUUCAUGGACGCAUCCAUCUCUCGGCAAGACAAGGAGGGCUGCACGCCUCUCCACUGGGCCGCCAUCCGUGGGCACUUGGAUGCAGUGACGGUGCUCGUUCAGGCCGGAAGAAAGGAGGACCUGGCGGCGCAGGACAGCACGGGCUGCACGCCCGGCCAGCUGGCGAGCGACAAGGGCCACCACCAUGUGGCGCUCUUCCUGUCCAACGCCCGCCGCGUGUACGAGAAGCGCCCCGACCCCAACUCCAAGUUCGCGUGGGUCGCUCGUUACGGCCUCGCCCCCAUCAUCUGGCUCAUAGUGUUUGGUCUCGUCUACCUUUUUGUCACCACUGUUCUCCUGAGCCGCUCCCUUGCGGAGAUCAGCGCCUCGGAAGCCAUCUGGGGCUGGACUUGCGUACUCGGGGCUCUUGGGGGGCUGGGCAUCAUGUGGCGCGCUACCACGCGGGACCCCGGGUUCAUAAGCAGGCGGGACGAGGGGGGCGACAGCGCAUCGGAGCCUCUAGUUGGUCUUCGGACGGGGAUGCGCGACCACGCUGCUUUGUGGGCUGGCAAUUGGAAUCAGCUCUGUCCGACUUGCAAGAUUGUGCGCCCGCUGCGAUCGAAGCACUGCUCGAUCUGCGACCGCUGCGUGGAGCACUUCGACCACCACUGCCCCUGGAUCGGCAACUGCGUCGGGAAGAAGAACAAGUGGGACUUUUUCGUGUUCCUCGCGGUGGAGUCCUUCUGCAUGGCGCUGGGAGCGACCGUUGCGAUCUACCGGCUGUGGAUCGACGACCACCACAUAGAGCCGAACACGUGGUUCUCCCACGUGGGUUCCUCGCACGGCGGCGCGCUCGGGUUUGUCAUUGGGGACCUCUUCAUGCUCAUGAGCGUGCUCUCACUGGCAGUCAUCCAGGGGAUGCAGAUUGCGCGUAAUGUGACGACCAACGAAGUUGCGAACUCGCACCGCUACUCGUACCUCCGGAGCGGCGACGGCCGGUACUUCAACCCGUAUGACAAGGGCAUGCGGGCGAAUUGCGCCGAGUUCCUCUCGAAAGGCUACACCACUGAUGUGGACGUUCCCUGGACAGCGCCGACGGAUCCUCCCAUGCAGAUUCCGCAGCUUCUUAGUCGCGCACAUAGCCAUGAGCACGCGACGCCAAGCGCGGGCACGAAUGGGCAUUCGGGUGGGGGUUUCUUGGGUAGUCUAUUUGGAAAGGGGCAUGUGCAUUCGAGCAGUUGUAAUCACGAACACGAUAACGGGCAUGUGCAUAACGAUGUGGAGAAAGGUCAAAGCAACGGGCCGCUUGGGCUGGGGCUUGGCCAGGGUUUGGGACUCGGCUUGCCCCCUAAAAAAGCUACAAAAAGUGCUCGGCCCUCUAGUUCUGGAAAGCACGUUUGAUUCUUGGGGAAUUGCAAGUUGAAAGGGUGUCAUUGCUGUGUUUCUCUAUGAUCGUGGUCGUAGAGAAGCAGACAAUAAAGCAUUAUGGUUGAAAGGACACUAGCUGUAGAAUGAAGAAGCAACUUAGGACGUUGGCCAUGGAAUUGACAUCUUUGGAGAUUGAGAGGGAAGGUCAACAGGAGCAAGAAUCUGCACGCCACAUUGCAGGAGUAGCGCGGCAGCCAGCUUUCAGGCUAUUAUUUCAAUGAUCUGACCUCGGUGGUGAAAAGUAAGGUUUAAAACGGUCGACCUCACUGAUUCUGAAAAUGACCGAGCUAGUAGCGCUUACUAAGCAACAUAUUUGCACAUGAGCUUCACAAGAAUCGACACUAAGUGGGUGAGUCACUCACCCUAGAUUGCAGUUCGAUAUUGUAUCCUAUAUCCGCAUAUACCGGUACGUCUGAG